AUGGAGCUGAAGAGAGGAAAGACCUUCAUCAAAUCCAGCCUGCAGAUUUCCCAUGAGAAAGCCCCAGAUCCAGCAGCCACCACUCUGGCCAGGGAGGAUGCAAGCCCCUGGUCAGUCUCACCAGGAGGGCAACAGAAGCCCCAGAGUGAAAGGGCCCCACAGGUUAGUACCAGCACCCAAGGAUAUGAGAGAUGCUCCAACAAGGAGGCAGAGCCAGAACCCGAGGUGGGGGCUGCAGCCUUCUGUGGGGCCACCUUCAAACUGGUACGAAAGAGCAAGACUCAUGACAGUGUGCCUGGGGCUGGCAGGGCAAGCACAGCCACAGGGCAGCUGGUGGGCAGCGCAAGCUUCCCAGGGCCCCCCAGCAGCCAGCGCAUGAUUGAUUACCGCCACUUUGUGCCCCAGAUGCCCUUUGUGCCCGCUGUGGCCAAGAGCAUCCCAAGGAAGAGGAUCUCCCUGAAACGACCUAAGAAGUGCUUUCGGAACCUAUUCCACAUUCGCAGAAACAAGACUGAGAACUUGGCCUCACUGGUGCCCAAGGGGGAGAGCCUGUCUUCCCCUGGGGGCCCAUCAGAGGCUGGCGGACAGACAGGCAAAACCUUCUUCCCCUUAGGUGAGGGACUGGGACCAGACAGCUUGUUCCAGGACCUAUCUGACAGUGAGCUCCUGCCUGACUCUUCUGUUGACCUCUGCAGGGCCCUGUGUGAGGAUGUGGCCUCACUCAAGAGUUUUGACUCUCUCACGGGCUGUGGGGAGAUCUUUGCAGAUGAAAGUUCAGUGCCAUCCCUGGAACUGAACGAGGGUCCAGAGAGCCCAACCCAGGGAUCACAGGCCCUUGAAAGCAAGGUUCUUAGGGGCCCCUUCCAGGGCAGUGUGGAACAGCCGGCAUCACCUGCCCAAAACGAGUUGUCUGACUUUGCCAAGUUCUGGGACAGUGUGAAUCACUCUGUGAGGCAGCAGCACCGUGCCCUACUGGGGCCAUGGCUGGGGGGUCCCCAGGGCACAGACACAGACCGGCCCAGGCUGGAUGCAGCUGGGCUUGCUGAGCUACCCCUGUGUCCCUGUAGGGAUCCCCACAGUGGCUCCAAAGCCAGCUCCAUAGACACAGGUACCCCUAAGAGCGAGCAGCCAGAAUCCGUGUCCACGAGUGAUGAGGGCUACUAUGACUCCUUCUCACCUGGGCUUGAGGAGGACAAGAAGGAGGCUUCAAGUCCAGGCACACCUGCAGCAGCCUUCCCCCGGGACAGCUACAGUGGAGAUGCCCUCUAUGAGCUCUUCUAUGACCCCAGCGAGGACCCUGUUGGCCCAAGCCUGGAUGAUGACCUAUGUGUGUCUGAGAGUCUGUCAGGGCCAGCCCUAGGAGCACCACUGUCCAUGUGCAGCUUCCAUGUGGGGGCAGAGGAGAACUUGGCCCCAGCACCAGGCCCAGACCUGCUCAGCCAGGGCUUUUUGCAAAGCUCUUGGAAGGGCAAGGAGUGCCUGCUAAAGCUCUGUGACACUGAGCUUGCCAUCACCAUGGGCAUUAUCAACUGGCUUCGCCGUGGCCCUGAACUCCGCACCCCACCUGCCUCAGCCCCUGGAGAAACUGCAACCUCACCCAGGGGACAGGCAGAGAAGGUGGGAGCUGGCUCCGAGAAAAAGGGCCCAGAUCCAGUGAAGCUGGAGGGCAGGGGGGCUAGGGCUUCAGAUGCAGGUAGGACCACUGUGGACUCAGCACCCAGCAGGCAGGAGCUGUGGGCACAUUCGGGUCCCAAGGCCCUGCUUGCUGGAGAGAGCAAGGUCCUAGGAGGGCCCGAGAAGGGAACCAGCACUCUGUCCAGGGACCCAUCUCUGGAGUGUGUGCAGGUCUCUGGGGAAGGAAAGAUGCAAGGCUGCCAUGAAGGCUUGUUCUCUUCUGUGGGGUCUGCAGCCUCUGCAACAAAAGACACCUCUAGCAAAAAUAAGGUCCCAAACCCUUGGCCUGGCUUCCAGGAGCCCAGGCCUCCUGGGAAUCUGGAGUGUUUCCAAGGUCCCUGGAGGCCAGGUCCUGGCGGAAGCACCCUCAAUGUAGAGCCCACCCUGACAGGCUGUGUGGCCCAGGUUGCAGCCCUGCACAUCCACCCAGACUGCCAGCCCCCUACUACACAGUCCCCAAGGCAGGACACAAGCAGUGAGUUCUGUAGGCACCCUCAGGCCAGGGGCCCUGAUAUUCUCCAGCAGAAACAGACUAACAGCUUCCCUAGCAUGCCGAUUGUGUGUGGCCUGCCCUCCCUGGCUAGUCCACUCCACAGCCCACAGGACCAGAGGUGCCUGGGCCACGUCCUGGAUCUUACCCAGCUCAGGGUGGAGCCCACCAGGAUGGAUGCCCAGGCUCAUCAUGCCUCUAUGGAUGACCAGCCCCUGCAGCUCAGUUCAAGGGCUGCGGAGCAGGCGGUACAUAGGGGCCAGCUGGAUUUGUAG